AUGACCACCGAAAAGCAGCUGGUACUUGUUACAGGUGGAUCCGGAUUUAUUGGCAGUCAUUGCAUUAUUCAAUGCCUAGCUGCCGGAUAUCGGGUCAGGACUACCGUGAGGUCCCUAGCGCGCGAAGAAGAAGUGAGAGAAAUGCUUCGUGUUGGCGAUGCCAUCAACCUAGAAGAUGUCUCCUUUGUGGAGGCGGAUUUGAACUCAGAUGAAGGCUGGACUGAAGCAGCCAAGGAUUGCACCUAUGUCCUCCAUGUUGCAUCGCCUUUCCCCCCUGCAGCACCAAAACACGAGAAUGACUUGAUCAUCCCUGCCCGCGACGGUACCCUACGCGUCCUGCGGGCAGCCCGAGACGCGAAAGUAAAGCGCAUUGUCGUGACAUCAUCUAUGGCAGCUGUCAGUGUAGGCCAUCAGAAUACUGGCCCGGGGACAUCCUUUACUGAGGAGUCGUGGAGCAAUCUCGAUUCCUCCGAGGCUAGUGCAUAUGACAAGAGCAAAACGCUAGCUGAGCGCGCUGCAUGGGACUUCAUUCAAAAUGAAGGCAGGGGUCUGGAGAUGUCUGUUAUAAACCCAUCAAUGGUUAUGGGACCUGUUCUAGCACAAGACACCUCCUCGUCCAUCGAAGUCAUCCGUCGACUUAUUAGCGGUGAAAUCCCGGGGUGUCCUCGUCUGGAAUUUGGUGUUGUGGAUGUACGAGACGUUGCCAGUCUACAUUUACUCGCAAUGACACACGACAAAGCAAAUGGAGAGCGCUUCAUAUGCAUGUCGCCACCAUCGAUGACGAUUCAAGAGAUGUCGUUGGCCCUACGAGAGACACUUGGAACUAAAGCAAAAAAGUGUCCCACACGAACCAUUCCAAAUUUUGUAAUGAGAAUUCUAGGAUGGUUCGACCCAGCUAUUGCUCUGGUGGUCAAAUAUUUGGAUGAGCCUGUUGCAGCAUCAAUCGAUAAAGCUAAGAGUUUGCUGGGCUGGACACCUCGCUCUAAUGUCGAUUCUGUGAUCGCAACCGCUGAAAGUCUUCUGAGACUCGGAAUCGUCAAACAAUGA